AUGAGCAAGCUCAACGCCAACGCCUUUGCCUUUGUCCCAGGCAAAUCCUUUGCUAUUCCUUCGACUCCUCAGCCCCAGGCUCAACCUCAGCCCCCACCCAUUGAGCGACCAGAGCAGACAGAGGCGCCCAAGCCCCCUCCAACCAUCUCCCUCAACAUUGGAGGCUCAAAGCCCACUCCACCCACGCCUGCUCAGACUCCCCCUCCAGCUCAGGUACAACCACAAAAGCCUGCAGAUGCACCAAAGCCCGCUGCCACUGUCAAGGCAGGCACUGGCAGCAGCUCAAAAACAUUCUCAACGGAGCGUGCCAAGACCGAUACCAAUGCUAUCGCACAAGAGGUCAAGGAAGCAGCCGAUAAAGCUGUUCUCGAGGAUCUCUAUGGAAGCCUCAAGGAACACUUGAACAUCGUCUUCAUCGGACAUGUCGAUGCCGGCAAGAGUACUUUUGGUGGGAACCUCUUGUACCUUACCGGUAUGGUCGACAAGCGUACACUGGAAAAGUACGAAAAAGAGGCCAAAGAAGCCGGCCGUGACUCCUGGUACCUUUCAUGGGCUCUCGACUCAACGCCUCAAGAACGUGCCAAGGGUAAAACUGUCGAAGUUGGCCGCGCGUAUUUCGAGACUGACAAGCGUCGAUACACUAUCCUCGAUGCUCCCGGACACAAGACCUUUGUUCCUUCCAUGAUCUCCGGUGCUGCCCAAGCAGAUGUUGCUAUCCUCGUUAUCUCUGCGCGAAAGGGUGAAUUCGAAACCGGUUUCGAGCGUGGAGGUCAAACCCGAGAGCACAUCAUGUUGGUCAAGACCGCUGGUGUAUCAAAGAUGAUCAUCGCUAUCAAUAAGAUGGACGACUCCACUGUCAACUGGGAGGAGUCCCGAUACAAAGAGAUCAAGGACAAGAUGACGCCCUUCGUCAAAGCCGCUGGCUUCAAUCCUAAAACUGAUGUCACUUGGAUCCCACUGUCAGCCUACACCGGUGCCAACUUGAAGGAACCUGUCCCCAAGUCCGUGUGCUCGUGGUACAGUGGCCCACCUUUCUUGGAACUUAUCGACAACAUGCCCAUGAUUGAGCGCAAGAUCAACGCUCCACUCAUGAUGCCCGUCUCCGAGAAGUACAAAGAUAUGGGCACCAUCGUUGUCGGCAAGAUCGAAUCCGGCCAUCUUUCCAAAGGUGAAAACCUCAUCCUCAUGCCCAACAAGGAUUCCGUCGAAGUUGCGGCCAUCUAUAAUGAAUUGGAAGAAGAAGUUGACCGAGCCCUCUGUGGAGACAACGUCCGAAUCCGAAUUCGCGGUGCCGACGAUGAAGACAUCAGCCCUGGAUUCGUACUCACCAGUCCCCUCAAGCCCAUCCACGCCGUUCGCCAAUUCGAGGCCCAGCUUGCCAUUCUGGAGCACAAGAGCAUCAUCUGCGCUGGCUACUCUGCUGUUAUGCAUAUUCACACUCUUUCAGAAGAGGUCACUUUGACGGCACUUUUGCAUUACUUUGACAAAGCCACUGGUCGCAAGUCGAAGAAGCCUCCGCAGUUUGCGAAGAAGGGUCAAAAGAUUGUUGCAUUGAUUGAGACCAGCGCGCCUGUUUGCGUGGAGAGAUUCGUUGAUUAUCCUCAACUGGGACGAUUCACUCUUCGAGACGAAGGCAAGACCGUCGCCAUCGGGAAAAUCACCAAGUUGGUUGAGACUUCGACGAUUGACGAGGUGGCGGAGGGCGUCUCUAACAUCUCUGUCAACGCUUAA